AUGGCGAGGCUGAGCGGCUCGCACAUCCCCGACGGGGAGUACACGGCCGUCAUCUACCGGCUCAUCCGCGACUCCCGCCACGCAGACGCCGUGCAGCUGCUGGGCGGAGAGCUGCAGCGCAGCCAGAGGAGCCGCGCGGGCCUCUCGCUGCUGGCCUACUGCUACUACCGCCUGCAGGAGUUCGUGCUGGCCGCCGAGUGCUACGAGCAGCUCAGCCUCCUGCACCCCGAGCUCGAGCAGUACCGCCUGUACCAGGCGCAGGCCCUCUACAAGGCCUGCCUCUACCCAGAGGCCACCCGGGUCGCCUUCCUCCUGGACAACCCCACCUACCACAGCCGCGUCCUCCGCCUGCAGGCGGCCAUCAAGUACAGCGAGGGCGACCUGCCAGGGGCCAGGAGCCUGGUGGAGCAGCUGCUGAGUGGGGAAGCUGGAGAGGAGAGCGGCGGUGAGAACGACCCCGACGGUCUGGUCAACAUGGGCUCUUUGCUCUACAAGGAGGGACACUAUGAAGCUGCCUGUUCCAAGUUCUUUGGGGCCCUGCAGGCAUCGGGCUACCAGCCUGAUGUGUCCUACAACCUGGCUCUGGCCUAUUACAGCAGCAGACAGUAUGCCCCAGCUCUGAAGCACAUCGCGAACAUUAUUGAACGGGGCAUCCGCCAGCACCCAGAGCUAGGUGUGGGCAUGACCACGGAGGGCAUUGACGUCCGCAGCGUUGGCAACACAGUGGUCCUUCACCAGACUGCGCUGGUGGAAGCCUUCAACCUCAAGGCAGCCAUAGAGUACCAGCUGAGAAACCACGAGGCAGCCCAGGAAGCCCUCACCGACAUGCCGCCCAGGGCAGAGGAAGAGCUGGACCCUGUGACCCUGCACAACCAGGCACUGAUGAACAUGGAUGCCAGGCCUACUGAGGGCUUUGAAAAACUACAGUUUCUGCUCCAGCAAAACCCCUUUCCCCCAGAGACCUUUGGCAACCUGCUGCUGCUCUACUGUAAGUAUGAGUAUUUUGACUUGGCAGCAGAUGUCCUGGCAGAAAAUGCCCAUUUGACUUACAAGUUCCUCACCCCCUAUCUCUAUGACUUCUUGGAUGCCAUGAUCACAUGCCAGACAGCUCCCGAAGAGGCUUUCGUUAAGCUGGAUGGGCUGGCGGGGAUGUUGACUGAGCAGCUCCGAAGACUCACCAAGCAAGUCCAGGAAGCCAGGCACACCAGGGACGAGGAAGCCGUCAUUAGGGCGGUGAAUGAAUAUGAUGAUGCCCUUGAGAAGUACAUUCCCGUGUUGAUGGCCCAGGCCAAAAUCUACUGGAACCUUGAAAAUUACCCCAUGGUGGAGAAGAUCUUCCGCAAAUCUGUGGAAUUCUGUAAUGACCAUGACGUGUGGAAGCUGAAUGUGGCUCACGUCCUUUUCAUGCAGGAAAACAAAUACAAGGAAGCCAUUGGCUUCUAUGAGCCCAUUGUCAAGAAGAAUUAUGAUAACAUCCUGAGUGUCAGCGCCAUUGUGUUAGCCAACCUCUGUGUUUCCUACAUUAUGACUAGUCAGAACGAAGAAGCCGAGGAGCUGAUGAGGAAGAUUGAAAAGGAGGAAGAGCAGCUCUCCUAUGGAGACCCAGAUAAGAAAAUCUACCACCUGUGCAUUGUGAACUUGGUGAUAGGAACGCUUUACUGUGCCAAAGGAAAUUAUGACUUUGGCAUUUCUCGAGUUAUCAAAAGCUUGGAACCUUACCAUAAAAAGCUAGGGACUGAUACCUGGUAUUAUGCCAAAAGAUGCUUCCUAUCGUUACUAGAAAACAUGUCAAAACAUACGAUCAUGCUGCGUGACAGUGUUGUUCAAGAGUGCGUGCAGUUUCUGGAGCACUGUGAGGUCUUUGGCAGGAACAUACCCGCGGUGAUAGAACAGCCCCUGGAGGAGGAGAGACUGCACAUGGGGAAGAACACGGUCACGUAUGAGUCCAGGCAGUUAAGAGCACUGAUUUAUGAGAUUAUGGGAUGGAAUAUGUAGUAACAGGCAGUGGCGUUGUUACAAAGGUCUUAUUAUCUGCUGAUCACCAUUUUAUUUGUUUAUAAUUGAAUAU